AUGGGGUUAACCGAUUUGCCGCUAAAAUCAAAGAAAAUAUGUCGAGGAUCACGACGGUUCCCANUCGACUCUACUCCAACCGACGAGUCGCCUAGUCACACGGUGCUGACCCAGCUGGGAAGAUCGCUAGCCCGCGACCGGAAGGGCUCGAGACGCCGGUUUCAGGACUUCAAACGGCAAAGAUACUCGGACACGUCCCAUCCGUCCUCUUUCUCCUGUCCGCCCGAUCGCCAGCACCCUUAUCCCUACGCUUUUUCAGCGUCCACGGACGCGGUAGACACCAUCGAUUUCGACAAAAACCAGACGUCUCCUAGAGUCUACCAACAGGGAGCUUCUUUCCCACCGUACGAAGGCCCAAAUCGCAAUAGAGUAGCCGUUGACCAGCCUGCGGACCCGGCGGCGACGGAAACUAGCUCGAAAUCACCCAGCAAGGAAUUGACUCGCUCGUUGACAGAAAGAAGAGCUAAACCUAUUCGAAACGACGCGAAUCUACGGAGAAGUUUCACGGGCCGAGUCGAGGACUAUCGAACCGAGAACAACAAAUGGCCAAAUCUGAACAUGGAGACUUCGUUAUAACGAAGGCACGCUGUCGCUUGUGGAACUCCGGAUUAUCCGUUCACACGAGUAAUCGGCAAUCCUCUUUCUACUAAACGGAUGUCUGACAAUUCUCUCCUAUACGUUUAAACGUUCUGCGAAUACGGGUUUUGUUGUUAUUUGAAAUAUUGUUUGGACAAGGUAUUGUUUGAACCGUUCGCAGGACAAAUCGGCUAACUUUGUUUCUGCAAUUUUUUAAAAUCUUUGCGUCGUAGAAUAUUCUUUGCUUUUAACUUCUUAUAUUUUACCCUUUCAAACAUAAUCUGAACCCGGAUUAAGAUUCCAUGCUGACCAUGAAUGUUAUACAUUUCAUUUGAAUCGGAAAAGAUUUUUCUGUUAUAAAAAUCUUGGAACGAAAGUAAAUGUAGAUUGUAGAUGUACAAGAAAUAAAACUUGUAUUUUUCUA